AUGGGCCUGGGCCCCGAGGACCUUCCGGCGGAACCGUCGCCUUUCACGAGAGGGCAAAUAGACAUCAUUGUCGUUUUCGAGAGGACCGGCGCCGCGCUCUCGAUCAUAGGGGUUCUCCUGAUUUUCUUCGCCUUCGCCGCGUUCAAACGCCUUCGUUCAGUACCCAAUACUUUCAUAGUAUUUGCAUCCAUCGCCAAUCUUGGAGCUAGUGCCGCCUGCUUGAUAGGAUACAGUGGGGUCACACAGGGAGAGGAAAGUCACUUGUGCCAGGCUCAAGCUUUCAUGUUUGAACUGUUUAUGCAAUCAGAUCCAUGGUGGUCCUUUGCCAUGGCCGUCAACGUCUACAUGGUGUUUUUCUUUGCUGCAAAUCCGAACAGCUUCCUACGAUACUGGUGGGCCUACUUCUUCGUCUGCUACGGAGUGCCCUUCAUCCCAGCGCUAUGGUUGAUCCUCGUUCGUGAUAGUCGUGGCGGGGUUUACGGCAAUGCAACGAUCUGGUGCUGGAUUGACAAAGAUUGGAGCAACCUGCGCAUCUACACCUACUACCUCCCCAUAUGGGUUUGCAUCACGCUUUCGGCUUGCAUUUACAUCUCGGUUGGCUACUACGUCUUCAACCAGCGGAAUCAGCUUCGUAAUUUGUCGCUUAGUAACCCUGCGACGCGAGAUCCCCCAGACCAGCGCGAUUCGGGAGAAAAGAACCUCUUCACGAAUGCUGCGGUUAUGGGUCGUAUUGCUACUGAGGUAACACAAGUCACAACAGUCCAUCACACCCACGCCUGUGGCAGUGGAGAUGGGCCUAAGUCGCCCAGCGCCGCGACUGUAAACUGGUUUGAUGGGCCUGUGGAGAACCAGUCGUUCCCGGAACUUGGACUUGGCCACCAACCAUCGUCGCUGAAUCCGUACCACACGGUGACACGCAUCACGGCAGACCCGGUGCCGAAGCGACCGUUCUGGACCCGCUUCAGUCACGCCUACAACCGAUGGUGCUCCAAGUUCAAUCACAUGGACCCCGUCAAGCUCGCCUAUCUGCGUACAUCUUUCGUCUUUGCUAUAUCGGUUCUCGUCACUUGGACCCCCAGUUCCAUCAACCGCGUCCACGAUGUGAUCCAUCCGGGUACGGCCAGUUUUGGACUCAACCUCGCCAGUGGUAUCGUUCUGCCGCUGCAAGGCGUGUGGAACACCUUCAUCUUCUUCACGACGAGCUGGAAGACACUUAGAGAGGAGGUGCGGCUGCGAUGGGACAUGUGGAAGGGCCUGCCGCGUGGACAUCAGGCUGCAACUGCCGCGCGCACAGAGAGGGAAAGGGCCGUUGAGCUGGAGCGGAGGAUUGGUGGCCGGGACCGCAUACAGAAAGGGAGAGAUGACGUAUCGCUUCCAGACAGCUCAGUGACGUCAAGUACGAUGAGGGUCAUGAGGGACGGGUCAUUUACGAGCUUAUAA